CCCAGGGUAAUGAUCCUUUCAGUAAUUUUAAUUCAUCUUUUGGGUCUUUUGGACUAAAAGCUAAUGCACAAGAUGAUAAGAAUGAUGAAAGUAUUCAAAGUGGUCACAAUGAAACAUGGUCUUCCGAUCCAAAACCAGAUGCAGAAAUUGGGAAUAGCAAUUACAGAACGUCUUCCAGCCAACUUGCAAGUUCAAAACUUGAACCUGAUUUUACUAAACCUGAUCGCAGAUCCUCAGGAAAACACAACGUGUCUUCCAAGUUUCAAACAUCGAGUUCUUCAUCACGUUUACAAGAUACAUCUGCUGCUAAAUCAACCAAUAGAAAAUCCAGCACUUCCCUUCAUAGAUCAGAAAGUCUCCCAAAAGAUAAGCGAACAUGUGAAAUUUUGCCUGAGACUAAAUGUCGUUCAGACAAUGUACAUGGUGCUAGAAAUCCAUCAGGUGGAAUUAUUAAACCACUAAAAGACACACCUAGACCUCAACAACCAUCUAAACACCAAAAAGAUCCUUUUACAAAGAUGCCUGUUCCAGUAUCUUCCAUUGGUCAAUCUUCCAAACUGAGACCACCUGCCAACCACAAUGCAGCCACAAGAGGAGAUGUUAAUAAGUCAGAGGUUGCUCCACUUCCACCAUCCCAGACAACAAAUCUGGCCUUUCAUAUGUCAUUUAAUGAAGAAGCAGUUAAACAGAAAGAAAUGUUUGAUAGAGAUUUUCCUGCUGAUGAUGAAUUUCGCUCAACAGAAGAUGCUAUUCUAAAAAUGUUUGAAGAGGAUGAAAAGGAAUUCAACAAAGAAAAUAUUUUUAGUCAGCAUGACAAUAUGAGUGAGAGUGUUGGACCAUCACAAGAUGCUCAAUGGGCAUAUCGUAGUGUGAUGUCACAAAGUCACUGUACCGUACCUAAUGAUCCCUGGAGUCGUUUGUCAGUAGGGGAGUACUGGGCACACAGAACCGAGAAUCUUGGAACACUAGAGGGCAAUCCAGAUCUUCCUCGUCCUGAGUUUGGAAUGAGAAUUAAAACACCACCUAAUAAUAGAAAACCUUUUCCAUUGUUUAAAACAGCUAAUACAUCACCUAUGUCUGAUAUAGGUAACAAAUCUGCUAAUAGUACCAAAGAUCUAAACGACAAAUCAGUAGUGAGUGAUAUAACCUUUACCCUCAGUGACUUGGACACUCCACAGCAACAGAAAGUUGUACAAAAGACACCACAGUUAGUACAACCAAAGUCUCCUGCUGAAGUUAAUCAAACAAGUACAUCAGAAGUAGUUGAUUCACCAAAAUCUAAAGACAAUAGUGUUGAUAUUUCACUUUUAACAAAUUCUUUGUUAAAUCUUGAACAAUCUCUAUGUGAUCAAAGUGGUGUGUUGUCUGUGAGCACUAUAUCCAGCUUUAUAAGCAAAAUCUCAACGCAAUCAAAUGCUGCAGAACUAGUCAACACAAUUAUGGCACUGUCUCAACUUAAAUCUAAAGCCAAAGACACAAAAACGGAGACGUUGGUAGCAAUGCUUCAGAAAGAACAAGAAAAAAAGGCUGAACUCUCAUCCAAGGAAGACACCCGACCAGAAAAAACUGAUCGACAGUCCAAAUUACCAGUUCGUCGAGGAUCCACCAAAGAUCUGUUGAGAAAAAGUCUUAAGAGUCAAGGAGAAAAAGAGACUCCUAGUCCACCCUCAACAAGAACAGGAUCACUUCCUACUAGACCUGGAAGUGCCCCAACGUCAAUACCAUCUAGUUUCGAGAAGUCACAAAAACAAAAUGGUGAUAAACCUUCACAAAAGUUGUCUGAUAGUUACGCAGAUGACAAUGAAUGGAAUAGAAUUAAUCAACCUGAUAGAGACACAUGUGAUUAUGUAAAUCAAUCCAAGGAGUUCAUUUACACAUCACCAAUUAAAAAUGAGGCUACCCAUCAGUCUUCGGAAUGGCGAUCUCCUCGUCCUAGCAUGGGAGGACGUCAAUGUGUUCUUUCUGAUACCCAAGCCAGAAGUCAUUUUCAGACAAAUAUUGAAAAAAAUGCUUUACCAAUGAAGACAACAAAUGAAAAGGUUGAUGAACUUACUUCUGAAGGACUGGAACAAAAACGUACAUCUAGAAGAUCUUACGAAACUGGAAAAGUUGAUCAAAACAAUCGUUCAUUGAGUCCUCCUGCUCGAGAAGCAGACAGUUAUAUCUCUGUUAGUGGUGAUCAGUGGAAAAGUCACAGAUCUUACGAAUCUGAAGAAACUAAUCCAUCUGGAGAUCCUUGGAAAGUGGUGAAAGAAGAUGAAAGAACCUCUGUUCAAGAUAUGGAAAAUGACAGAGCAUCAUUUCAUCCACUGCCUGAUCGACCAUCAGACAGAUUUCAAGAAUAUCAACAAAAUCAAAAUACCCAUACCUCAAGUCGUAGCCAUGCUGGUAACUUAGACUUCCACCCUGUUGACAGUACUAGGACCGUACAUGCAGAUCACCAUAUUCCUGAUGGAAGUGACUACAGCUCACGCUCCAACUAUUUCAGUCCUGAUAAAGAACUGUCGCGAGAUUUGGCCGUAGGAACCGAUGAUAUUAGAUUAAGUGACUCCCGGGGUUAUAGUUUUCUCCAUUCAAAAAACAAACCAAAUGAUGUAGGUAUUGAAAGUAGAACUUAUUCUCCUCCUGUACAAGAAAAACAAGAUGGCAAGAAACAGCAGACACCAGUGCCUAGUUUUCACCAUAAUUUAUUACCUAACCAGCAACCAGAGAAACCAACCUUGUUAACAGACAGAUCUCUCCUGUCAACGCAGUUCGCCAAACAAUACUUACCAAAAGAAUCUCAACAAGCUGAAAGCGAAUUUAAAGUUCCCUUCCCAGUUAAAAGUAAGGCCAAUGAAACCGUGCCACAGGACAGUUUCUACAGUGAUGAAACUAGCUUUUAUGAACUUCAGGCGCAGAAUUUAUCUCGAAUGAGUCAUGUAAUGUCUGAAUCACAUCCCAGCUUUAUAAGUCAAGCACCAUCUUAUCAGAGUACUCCUUUUAAACGCGAUGAAUUGUUUGACAGUCUGCCCUUGAUGACACCAAGUUAUAUGAAAUCUGUAUUAUCAACGGGGCCUAUUGACAGACGUUUAGCUGAAACACAUUUAGAUACGUCAGGUGUACUAAUGGCCACUCCUAAACAGUUGACGCAACUAGAAGUGCCAUCUGUUUUUACCUUCCCAGAAUCUAGUUGUGUUGGUAUUGCAUUAAGUGCUAAUUUACCUAUCAGCAACCCAACAUCAAGAUGGCAGGAAUGUUCAUUACUUAUAAAAGAUCUGAGUAUAAAUAAUCAACCUGUCGAUCCUGAUAAACAUUCACCAUUUGAAUUAAAAUCUAAAGUUAUUAUUGAACCUAAUUCCACAGAACAUAUAUCUGUAAUGUUUCUACCCAGAAUUCCUGGAGCUUUUGUAGCUCAACUACUGAUCUAUGCAAAACCAUUUCUAAGGGAUGUUGUUGUUCCUCCCAGUCGAAUACCUGUUGAAGUCACUUUACAAGCCAUUUCAGAAAAACCCAAUGUACAGGUUAUAACAAAAGAAGAUAGAAUGGUAUAUUUUGGUCAGUUAGCAUUUGGAUCUUGUCGUAUGUCAUCUAUUCAACUGCGCAAUUUGAAUAAAGGAUCUGUACCAGUUCGAUUAUCUAUAACUAAUGUGAAAUCAUCAUCUUGGCAUUGUUUUAGUUUUGAUAAAGACAUAACAUCACCAGAAAUAUCUAUGUGUUCAACAGGAAGCAGACCCAUCUCUCCGGUUUUUGGUAAAAAUGCAAUGAGUUUAAGUUUAGAGGGUUACGGUGACAGACGGUCAUCUAGUAUAGAAGAAAUUAAAAUCUAUUGUAAACCACCACGUAAACAAUCAGAUAGAGCACUGUCUCACUGUCCUCCAGAAUUGUUUGAAGCUCAAGUAAAUGUUGAGAUUGACACAAAUAUUCCUAAUAUUCCACCAAUCACAAGUGUUGUAUUAAAAGCUGAAGUAGGCAUGGUUAAACUCCAUACACCAAUAGAUCUAGACAAAAUUAAAUUGUCUUCUGUAUUUGGAAAGAAAUGUGCUAAGAGUUUUAAAUUAAAAAACGCAGGAAACAUUGGUAUGGAGGUCUCCUUGUUUGUGCCUCAAUUUUCUGACAUAUUUCCAGUAACUCCACGAUUUUUGAAAAUACCUGCCUGUCAGGAACGAGAAGUUACAGUGAACUUUGAACCUAAAGAUAAAAAUAUCUGUACCUAUGAUAGUUUAUUACUGAUGGGAUUAGAGCCUGAUGGACCAACAUAUGAAAUACCUAUACAAGGUGAACUAAUACAAGAGGUAGCUCCACCUGCUGGACCAUUAUUACUUAGUGAUAAACAUACCCUACCAUUUGGUGGGGUGGCUCUGGGAAGAGCAAAACAACUAAGAGUUACAUUAAAGAGUAAUGCUCACCAGGCUUUAAAAUUACGUGUUGAAAUCAGGUCCUCUUCUAAUGCUUUCCAGUUUCAGCUGACUUCAAAUCAGACUAGUAGUGGAAGUCUACAUAGAGAUGUUAUUAUCCAGCCACAGGAGAAAUUUCCAGUCUAUGUUGUAUAUUCACCAACUAGAGUAGAAACCAGUAAUGGCAAGCUAGUUAUUAAACCAUAUGACUGCAAUGCUAAAUUCUCGAUAUCAUUGUCUGGUUAUGGUGGAGUUAGUUCUGUUACAUUAAAAGAUGUACACCACACUGGAACAUCCCGAUUUUGGUUAGAUGUAGGGGAAGUUACUCUAGGUAGUAGUGAUAUGCAUAAUGUAUCAGUUACUAACACUGGACAUAGAGCAGCAUUUGUUAAAGCCAUUUCAUUCACAGAUUUACAGUUAAAACAGACACUGCCACCCGGUAGAAUAGCCAUUGAUCCUAAUGAAUUUAUUCUAUCACCUAAAGAAACAAAGAGUGUUCAUAUAGCUUUUUGUCCGUCUGAUCGAGAAGUAGCAGCUUGUUAUAGGGAGAAAGAGGUGGUUGCUACAGUUGCAUUUUAUCAUGGUGAUGAGGUUAGCCGACAAAAAUACAGAAGAGCCAUCAAUAAACCAGUGAAGCCAGGUAAAAAAUCUCACAAAGUACAUAUUGAUCAGCCUUUACAGAAAGUGAAUUUUGAUGUCAGUUACUAUGGUGAUUUGGGUGAAAAAAUUGUUAGUGAAGGAUAUGGUGUAAAUGAUUCUGAUAGUGAUAUAGAUUUGUUUUAUUCGAAUCUAGCUCAUAUAUCACUAGCAUUGAUAGGUCAUCCUGUAGUUAAACUAGAGACUUGUACACCACAAGUUUACCCUAAAACUAGACGAUCACAUGGAGAAGUAGUUAAAUCAGAUUAUCCUACAAACAAUAGAAGCAGUCUUCAAUCCGAUAAACGUCAACAUCCUGGAGAGAAAGAUUGUGAUUGGUCCGUUCUACCACAGCAAUUAAUAUGUAAUGUAAACAGAGAUGGAAAGCAAACACAAUCUGUAUGUUUUCAGAUUAUUAACUUCUCUACUAGAGAUAUCAAGUAUGAAAUGUCAUGGCCAGGUCAUUGGUUUACAGUUUCCCCAGAACAUGGAAUUGUUAAAGCCAAAUCCAACAUAAUGGUAACCAUCUCUCCUCACACCAAUCUGAAUUUAUCUAAAUUACCAUGGAGUGGAGCUGUAGUUGUUUGUUGUAAUGAACAAUUUGAAGAGGUGAAAGUUCAAUUAAGAAGUGAGUUGACCUAUGAACCUGAUAUACCAACUACUGAUAGUACUGAAUCUUGCGUGGUUCCUGUGUCGAAAGAUAUUGAUAAAUAUCUUCAGGUUCCUAAUACUCAUUUUGUUUUCUCUAAAACAUUUGUUGGUGAUCAUAGUGGUAAAAUGUUAGAGUUUACCAACACUUCAAAUGAUACAAUGACAUGGUCUAUUAACUCAUUUGCUCCAGCUUAUGCAAAGGGUAUUGAUAGCACCAGUGAUGUUUAUAGAGUUACUUAUUCUGUUUUUGUUUUUAAAGAAAAGACUGGUCGAUUAUUACCUCAUCAAACUGCUCAGGUACCAUUGAUGUUUGUACCUAGAUCAGAAGGAAAGUUUACACAGUAUUGGGAUUUACAAUGUUAUAUUCAUCCUUCUGUUCAUCAUAAUUCUAUGACUGUUAGAAUUAGUUUAGUUGGUGAGGCAAAUAGGAAGAAAGAAGAAAAGUCAAGAGACAGAGAUUCAUCUGUUUCAACAGCAUCAGACAAGAAUAAGGAUAUUAUUGAUAGACCAGUUAGUUUGAAGGAUACUGUAGUUACUUUUGAUAGCAUUGAGGGAGUGAAAGGAACAGCAACAAAAAUAUCUUUUGAAAAUGCAUCAGAUAAUAUAUGUGGCGUAAAAGUAGUACCACCUCAACCUCCAUUUUUUAUAAAACAUCAUCAUUUUAAUAUUGGUAAAAGACGAUUUUUGAAAUAUCCCAUAGAAUUUAAACCUGAUAGAGUGGGAACAUAUGAAGGAAUUAUUGUAUUUAAAACUGAUUUAGGAUAUAGUCUGAGUGUUCAACUAUAUGGCAACUGCAAGCCAGAAUCAAGUUAAUGUUGAGUUGAAAGGAUUCAGUGUUAGAUAAAAGUGUAAAUUGCACGAAAAUCCAUUUUCCUAAUCCCUCUUACUAAUAUUAACAGUUGACUACAUUUGUAGGAUGUUCCUGAAUGAUCAAAUUAAGACAAGAAGUCUAAAAGGAUUGCUUGCAUUUAGAUAUCUUAAUAUGUGCCUAGAGCAUGCAUUUGUGAAUGGAUUGGCGCUUUACAAAUAUACAUUAUUAUUAUUAAUAUAAUUUAAGUGUAAGGUUUGUAUCUAAAUCAGAUUAUCUGACAAAAAGUCCUACUUUUCGAUUAAUAUUUCCAAAUUAACAUUGUGAUAUUUUUUAUAUAUUGCAAUCCUAUUCAUUGAAUAUGAGCCUAGACUUGUUUGUUCAGUAUUUAAUCCUAAACUUACAGAUCAAUAAUGUUUUAUAAAAUUUGUCUUGAUCCUUGUCUUACCUUUGUGAUUUAAUACAUACAUAAAAAAAACUAUGGCUGUGAUAACAAAACAAAGCUUUAUUUAUAAAGAAUAAAUUUAUAGUGUUUAUAGAUUGUGUGACUUAGUUUCAUUUUGAGCAUGUACAUAUGUUAUUAUAUAGUAAUAUACAUCACUGAUUGACUUUAUGUAGAUCAAAAAGACAAAAGGAUUUUAACCCCUUAGCACUUAGGACUGACCAAAUCCUCCCUAAUUAGGGUGCCUUAAGCGGCAAGACACACUAGGCGAAUUUCUGCCGGAAUCAAUCGGCGCCGAAUUUAUUUGGCUGAUUGAGUGCCCACACUAGGCGAAUUUUCCACCAGAUUCACCAGUCAUCGAAUUUAUUUGGCUGAUUGAGUGCCCACACUAGGCGAAUUUUCCACCAGAUUUACCAGUCACUUGCAUCGCCUUUCAUGUCACAUGAUCAAUCAUGGAACAGACCAAGGCAGAGAAAAAUAUAGCUGCAGCGGUGUGAUUUUUUAAAUUUUAUGCCGUAUGGGUCUGAGUAGAAAGAGGUGGGAGAAUAGAAGUGAUUGGGCUAAAAACUGGAUCCGUCACUGUGACACACAUUGUUUUUUUUUACCAAUUUCGUUGGAGAAUUGGCAGAGGAAGACAUUGGCGUUUAUACAUCCGUGAUAGUUGCAAUUUUGUCUUCAAAAAAAAUCAUAUGACUUUCUUGACAUCAGUGAUUGGCUAAUGGAUUCUACAAUCGGGCAUUGUCUUCGGGGAACCGGACACACCAGAUGAAUACAAAUGCUGUGAAUAAAAAUUUGGUCGAAAAUAUCAAACACGAUUGAUUCGGGCCAAUACAAAUUCGGCAUCACGGCUCUGGACACAGUAGGCUAAUUUCGUCUAGUUUGUCCUCCGCUUUAGACCACCCCAAAACGAACUAGUAAAUGGACCUAUAAUAUGGAAACUAUUCACAUAUCUCGGGUGAUUUGAAGCAGCCCAAGGAACAACAGUUUCGUUAUGUCUUGGGGUGUAUGGGUAUUGAUCACUUUAAGGAACUGGGUAGUGAAUAUUUACAGGUGCUAGAGGGUUAAAAUUAAAUAGAUAAAUGUUGACUAAGAAGGUGAAUGUCUAUAGUAAUGAACGAAUGCAUGUAAUAUUAAAUAUAUAAAUUGUUAUUUACAAGAUUAUUAUUAUGUUAAUUACUUUUAUGUUUAUGCCAAAUCUCAGAAAAAAAACUUGUGUCUUACAUGUGUUUAGAGUUAAUUGUAUGUAUAAACUAUGUACAUUGUAAGCAAAUAUUUUGGUGCUAAAGUUAUGAUAAUGGUUUAUUUUUUAUUGUAGUUAACAUCAUUAAAUGUAUUAAAUAUGUAUUUGAGAGACACUGUUUGAUCACAUUUAAAAUACAAUACAAGCUAGAAUUUUGUCCUGCAGUCCAUAGCCAACUAUAUGUCUAAAUAGGAUUUCUGUAGCUUCCAGCUCAGACAUGGCUGGAUUCUGUAGAAGCAAAUAAAAAACGAAAUUUUAUUUUCUUUCUUUUGACAGUUAUUUAGUUGUAAUUAUAUUUUGAGGCCAAUAAUUAAUUUCAACAAAAUAAUUAGCAAAAAGAAGAGAACUAGGACAAUUUUCCAUUUUCUCAUUAUUUGAAUGGAAAGCCAUUUCUCCGAUAUUAAUUUUUAGUUAUGGUGAAUAGGAAAAUACUUGUAAUAAUUAGAAUUUAAUUUAUAUUAAAACUGUCUCAUA